AUUGCUAAUCGACUAUAACGUCUCCAGUCUCUUGGGACCCAUCAGCGGAUAAAACAAAGAGCCCUUGCCUUCAUGGAACUUACCGUCCCCGGGAGAGACACAGGCUAGGAAACUUGGGGAAAGUGUUCCUGUCAUACCACCAUGCCGCCCCAACCCUAAGCCCGUGUCGAGAGAGACCUUUAUUUAGUGGCCAAAGAUGGAAGAGCUGGAAACUGCUCGAAAUCAACUUCUCAAUUCUAAGGAGUGAGGGACUAGAGAUGAAGGGUAUAUCGUGACUGUCAGGGAGGGAGAAAGGUUGGCUGCUGACGGUAGCGAUCAAGUUUUCUGAGCUUUUGGUCUUUCUCCCAAGAAUGAAAAUGCUUCUGCUUGGUAUCUGGACCCUGCUGGCCUUGAUCCCUUGUUCAGGGACCACAGAAGAGAUAUUUGAAGUGUCUGUUUGGCCAAAUCCGGCCCUGGUGAAGUUUGGACAGUCGCUAACUAUCAACUGCAGCACCACCUGCCCAGAUCCUGGGCCCAGUGGAAUCGAGACCUUCUUCAAGAAAACCCAGCUGGCCAAAGGGCCUCAGUGGAAGGAGUUCCUGCUGGAGGACAUCACAGAGGACUCUGUCCUGCAGUGCUUCUUCUCCUGUGCAGGGGUCCAGAAGGACGCGGUGCUUGACAUCACCAUGUACCAGCCACCAGAGCAGGUGAUCCUGGACUUACAGCCCGAGUGGGUAACCACGGAGGAAGCUUUCACAGUGAAGUGUCACGUGCCUAGUGUGGCACCCCUGCAGAGCCUCACCCUCACCCUGCUCCAGGGUGACCAAGAACUACACAGAAAGGACUUCAUGAGUGCAUCUGCGGCAUCCCAAAGAGCUGAAGUUGCUGUCAAUGUCAGAGCCCAACGGGAGAACGACAAGUGCAAUUUCUCCUGCCGCGCAGAGCUGGACCUGAGCCCACAAGGUGGAGGGCUGUUUCAUGGCAGCUCAGCCACCAAGGAGCUCCGGAUCUUUGAAUUCUCUCAGAGUCCGCAGAUUGGGGUGUCUUCACUCCUGGAGGUUGGGGUGGCAGAGACCGUGAGCUGUGAAGUGACUAGGGUGUUUCCUGCCCAGGAAGCUGUCUUCCGGAUGUUCCUGGAAGACCAGGAGCUGAGCCCCUUCUCCUCCUGGAAGGGGGAUGCAGCAUGGGCUAGUGCCACCAUUCUUGCAAUGGAGACGGGAGACCAGGAGCUGACCUGCCUUGUGUCUCUGGGUCCCGUGGAGCAGAAAGUCAGGAGACCAGUUCAUGUCUACAGUUUCCCUCCACCAAUUCUGGAGGUAGAGGAUGCUUACCCUCUGGCAGGGACAGACGUUAAUGUGACCUGCUCAGGUCAUGUGUUAACAUCACCUAGCCCUACUCUUCGGCUUGAGGGAGCCCCAAAUCUCUCUGCUCCCGGGGAGUCUGCCUGGCUUCUGUUUACUGCCAGGGAGGAAGAUGAUGGCCGGAAUCUCUCCUGUGAGGCCUCUCUGGAGGUGCAGGGCCGGCGACUGCUCAAAACCACCGAGAUCCAGCUUCAUGUGUUAUACAAGCCUCGGUUUGAGGAAUCCAGCUGCCCUGGCAACCAGAUAUGGGUAGAAGGGAUGGAUCAGAUGCUUGCCUGCAUCCCAGAGGGAAACCCCGCCCCAGCUCUGGUGUGUAUCUGGAAUGGGGUGAUCAUCGACCUUGAUGUUCCGCAGAAGGCCACCCAGAACCACACUGGAACCUACUGCUGCACAGCCACUAACCAGCUAGGCUCUGUCAGCAAAGACAUUGCUGUAAUUGUCCAAGGACUGCAUGAAGGGAUCACCUCCUCCACCAUCUUCAUCAUCAUCAUCUCCACCCUUGGCAUGGCCGUGAUCACCAUAACACUGUAUCUGAACUACCAGCCCUGCAAAAGAAACAGGAGGAAACGGGCCCCUAGGCAGAGAGAGCAGAACAAAGAUGAGGAAAGCCAGUUCGCUGACAUACAGGCAGAAGAGUGCAGCUCACAUUAUUGCUGACCAGAAACAGUGAGACUCCAGCUACCAGCGUUUUAUGAGGAGGAAAGAGUAGAUCACGGAGGAGGAAGAGAUAGAAUAUGAGGCUGUAUUCUCCUGUCUUCUCCUGUCUCCUCAAACAGGGUUUCAGGGCUGCACCAGGUCAUCUGGAGCUUACCUUUCUCUUAUGAGUUAAUUCCAGUUUCUAGAAAUUCAGUCUGAUUGUUCUGACCAGCGGUAGAGCCUGCCACUCCUUACUGUGUUUACUGCCCACUGGAGCAUGCGGAAGGCUUUGCCCCGUCCCUCAUUCCCACUGCCCACUCCUCAAACAGCAAAUGAGAAAGAUCAUCAGUAAUCCCCUGGAGAACAUGGCUCAGGGGUCCCUGAUGACUAACUAGGAGCUGCAUAUGUAGUUCAGGGAGAAGACUCCUUAGGGGUCGGCAGCAAAUAAGUGGGCAGGGAUCAGAACUCUGUGCCCUGUCCACAUCCCCUGCUUCUCAUACAGUGCCGAUGACAUCAUAAGGGGUGCUGGGUGGUUAAGCUUCACCCCAGGAACCCCCUGCAACUUCACAUUUAGACAGAGAAGUAGCUUAGUUAGUUUAUAGCCAAACAAAAAACCUAGGGCUUACUAUGCAGCACAAGAUGGCCUCAGACUUGUGAUCCUCCAGCCUCAGCCUCCUGAGAGCUGGGAUGAGAAGGAUACACUGUCACUCCCUAACUUUUUGUAGGGGAGGGGGCUUUACAAUACAAGGUAAAAUCCUUCCAUGAAACUGGUCAAUAGGUCAAGGGUGUCACACUCUGAAUUCCUUUUUGUAAAAGCCUCACAUCUGUUCUCCAUCUCCACAAAGAACUGCCUGCUUUCAUCUUCUGCAAACAAAUCCCCUGGGAUGGAGGCUCAUAAACUCCACGGCGGAGUGUGUGCUUAACACGCAGAUGGGUCUCAGCUCUGUCACACCCCGAUCCUGUGUGCCACCACAUGCUUUAGCAGUUCAGCUUCCUCCACUGCCCUUUGAAAGGAGUGUGUCCACCUUGGUGAAGGCUUGAAGAAUCAAGUCAGGCCUCUCCUCCAGAGCUGCCAUGAACUGUUUACUGAGACGUUAGCUGUGAUAAAAAUAAAAUGGAUUUUGUGAUAUCUA